AUGCUGAACCUGCUACCUGCAGAAGCGGCAUCCUCGCAACCAUCAACCCAAAUGGCACCACCUCGGCACUUGCAUAACACAUGCAUCAUCCCCGGAACGGCAUCUCGGCCUGAUGAAAGCCGAUCACAAGCACCGCCACCAUACACCGAAGAAACCCCACAUCCCUUUAUGGAAACACCGAUAUGGGCACCCCCGCCUGAUGGCGGGCUCGCAAAUCCCCCGACCAUGGUUCCCGACAUCUACAAGCAACGAAUGAAGGAACACAAGCUGGCCGGGAAAACAACCACAGAAUACUUCACUGAACUGGAACGACUAAGUACACUCGCUGAAGUAUGGAACGACACUACUGACACCGGAUACAUGGUCGAAUGUAUCAAGAUGGGGCUACCACCCGUCUACCUCACGACAAUCAAGGGACAGUAUACCCCAAAGGGUUACGACAAAUAG